AUGACCUCCCAGAACACGUCACGACUGCCACAAGUCAUCAGGAGAUACGGCGAAGUCGCUGAAGCCGUGAACCAUCGGGAGAUGAGACGAUCCGUCGAAGAAAUCGCACAUCGAUGGAAGCCGCCUCCCCAUGAAGAAGAGUAUCGCUGCGAAGGCUGGACGCACGAAGGCGCGUUCACCAAGACUAUAUAUCAGGAGGCCUUGAAUUUCUUCGGUGGAUCCGGAAGCUGCCACAGUCCAGGCGCCACAGAAGCAGAGGUACACGAGCAAAUACAGAUCAGCCCAAGUCUCGAAGACCUCAUGGACUUCGUUGAGGAGCCUUUGAUCGAACCGCCGUUGUCUGCAGAUCGGAGGAAGGUGUUGCUCGAGAACAUCAAGUCGGGGUUGAAACAGCAGGCUUCGAGUUUGGGAGUUGAUGCCACGAACCUGGAGUUGCCUGAAGAUCUCGAUGUACUAUAUUCGACUGUGAUGGGUAUCAAUGCAGCUGGAGUUCCGGCCGAGACGAAUUUCACGCAGCUCGUCUACGCUCACGAUGAACGAAGUCGUCCUCCGAAUGAGAUGCCGUAUGAGAUGUUCAUUCGCCGCGAUUCAUAUCUCGGGCUCCGGAUCUGA